AUGGGCGCGAAGGCGCGCGGCCGCGGCCGCGGGAGACCUCGGAAGCGCCCGGAGGCCGAGGCACCGCGGUGUUCAGAGCCUGAAGAGGCUGAACUUCCGCCCCGGCCGCAGCGGGCAGAGCCUGAGGUCCCGAAGGAUGCAGCAAAGGUCCCGAAGGAUGCCGACGCGGCUCCCUUUGGAGAGCCGGACAUGGAGCUGGACGCGGAGACCUUGGCACAGCGGGCGCUGCAGCAGAAGCGGCUGCCAGACUUCGUGCGCUGCAGGAAGUGGCCCUACAUCCUGACUCCAGCAUGGGAGGGUGAGCGCUGGUCUCGAAUGCUGCAGGACUUUGAGGCGAAGAGGCUGAGCGAAGACCAGCUGCUGGAGGAGGUGCUGCUGAAGCUCCGCAGGCAGGCUGCAGGAGAGAAGAUCGCGAACUCCAGGCUCCAGCGGCAAAAGGCCGCCGAGGCCCAGGAGGCCGCGCGCCGGGCGGCCAAAGCGGCGCGGGUCUCGGAGCGGCCGCGGCCCAGGCCGCCGCAGGCGCCGGGGUGCACCUGUGGCCGUCCCAUCCACACUGAGAGGUGUCGGCUAUUCCGGCCGCGGGUGCAGGAGACGUCAAAGGCGAAGGUUCCGAAGGCUUUGGAGAGGGAGCCAGGGCGGAGCUGGGCUGAGAAGGAGGUCUUCAAGCUGGAGCGUCAUAUCACGCAGCAGCCGCCCUGCAUGCGUCGCAUGCUUUGGAAGCGCGCCAUGCUGAGGUAUCACCCGGACAAGCAUCCCGAGUCGGACGGCGAACGCUUGUCAGAGGUCUUCAUCGAAGUAAAGCGGCGGUAUGACAGCUACGUCAGCCUGAAGCCGAAGCUUCCUAAGACCGCUGUCUUCAUGCGGAUCCUGCGCAUCUUCAGAAUGCAGGCCACCGAGCAGUGCUACUCCCGUCUGGAGCAGCAGUUCCCAGAUGUGAGCCAGGCUGACCUGGCCGAGCACCUGCGCUUCUGCACCCAGCAGGAGGCCCAUCAGGCGCGGCGCCGGCUGCUGCUGGCGCGGUGGCGGCAGCGCAAGGUGCUGUUGGAGCGGCAGAAAGCGAAGGAAGUGCCUUGUGACCAGAAGGAGCCAUUGGUCCAGGAGGAGGAGAAGCAGCGUGCACAAGCGCAGAGACAGAAGGUUCAGGAAUGGCGGCUGGCGCGUGACGAGCAGGAGCGGCUCCGAGAAGAGGCGGAGAGGAGGCUGCUGGAAGCCAAGGAGGCUCGGGAGGAGAAGAAGCGCAGACGCCACCAGAAGCAGGUGAAAGAGUUUGCGGAGGCUCGGCGGAAGCUCUGUGAGGAGAAGAGGCGGCAGGCGGAGCUGAGCGAAGCGCCCAAGCCGAAGCGCGAGCUUUCCGAGGAGGACAAGCACCGCAUAAUCCGGCGCAAUAUGGAGAUGCUGACGCGGAAGCUGCAGGUGGGUCGGGAGUGCCCCAAAGCACCGAGGAGGACCACGACUUACGACCACGUGCCAAGUAGGCUCUACGAAACCACGGAGUGCUUCGUCCAGAAGACUGGGCCAAAGGAGGAGCCUGUGGAUUGACCUCGCUUGGAUCGAGGCAGCUUAGCGGCUCCUUGGGAUGCGAGAAAAUCGCCGAGUCUCAGCAUGUGUGUGGGUGCCGC